AUGGUGGGCACUGAUUGGAGAAUAAAUAGUCCGUUUUUAAAAUUUGCCCCAACCAUGGCUUUCGCUUCCUGGACGACCCACUCCAUCCAUGCCAAAUGCAAAAGAGUCUUUGACAAUGAGUGGCAGCAAGAGGAAGGAGAAGUUCCUUCUGGAGGACUGGCAAGUGAACCCCACCUCCUCCUCAAACUCCGCUGUGUGAUCGACGUUAAUAACAGAGAGAUAACAAACACAAUGGUCCCGUCGCGGCACAGUUUCAUCAACUGCAUCCAAUCAAACCUUCCAUCUUUCAUGCAGAAUACGGAGCCCCUCCCAAUGAACUUUUUAAUGGAAAACGAAGAAGCCGAGAUGACAAAGUUGUGUAUCUCCCACACCAUUGAAUGUGAAGUGCGCAGUUGCAGUAGAGUUGAAGGGCUCAAGGGGCUUAUUGUGCAAGUGAUUGUCAAGGUCUAUGUGAUCGAGCGAGAAGAAGAGGUGGCGAGCAUUCUUGGCGAGAUGAGGAUGGCUUCGGUAAAGAGAAACCUUUACAUGGGAGGAGAGGAGACUGUUAGUACUUCAUCAACUACUGUGGGAGUGUGUGCUGUUUGCUUGGAAGAUAUGGUGGAAGGAGGGAACGAAGUGAUUAGCAUGCCGUGUAAGCAUAAAUUUCACCAUGGGUGCAUCAGGCGAUGGUUUCAAGAGAGCGGCUUUUGUCCGCUGUGCCGGUUCUAUAUAGGACCGUAA